AUGGAAGCUCCGUUGCAUCGUCGAUGGAUUGAUAAUUGGUGUAUGCCAAGAAGGGGUGAGAUCACUCCUGAAUUUUAUGCUGGUGUUGAUGAGUUUAUUCAACUUGCAUCUUCUCAAGAAAGUUUCAUAAGGCUAGGAGUGUUGAAAUGUCCUUGUAUAAAAUGUGAGUGUUUGAAGUUUAAACUAGUUAAUGAGGUGAAAAGGGAUCUUUGUAAGCAUGGGUUUAUGAAAGGGUAUUAUUAUUGGACGAACCAUGGGGAAGAAAUGCCAAUAAUGCCUCAAAAUGUUAUUGUAAAUGAAUAUUAUAGACAAGAUAAUUUUAGAGAUCAGUUUAAUCCGUAUGAGCAAAUGGUAAUGGAUGCAGCAGGACCGUCACAUGCGCCUGCUACAAUGCAAGGAGCGUUUAGCGAAAGUGGUUAUCAGUCGUACAAUAUUGAGGAACCACCUAAUGAAAAUGUAAAAGCAUUUUAUGAGAUGUUAUCUGCUGCACAAUCCCCAUUAUACUCGGGUUGUGAUGCAGAGAGUGAACUUUCUGCUGCAGUUAGGAUGUUGAGCAUUAAAUCUUAUUACAACAUGCCUGAAGGUUGUUAUAAUGAAAUCAUGCAGUUUAUGCAACAUACAAUGUCAACUGGUAAUCGUGUGCCCGAUGACUUUUAUCAUACUAAAAAGUUGGUUUCUAAGCUUGGACUUGGUUGUCAGAAGAUUGAUUGUUGUCCAAAUAGUUGUAUGUUAUAUUAUAAGGAUGAUCAAUUUGAGAGGAGUUAUAAGUUUUGUAGUCAUCCUCGUUUUAAGUCUGCAAGAAGUAGCACAGGAAAAUUUAAAGAAAUUCCUUUUAAGAGAAUGUGGUAUUUGCCUCUCAUACCAAGAUUGCAAAGAAUCUAUGCUUCAACCAUUACUGUUUCGAACAUGAGGUGGCACUAUGAAAAUCGGAGAGAGUUUGGGGUAUUGUCUCACCCGUCUGACGGUGAAGCAUGGAAAUAUUUUGAUCGGACACAUCCUGACUUCUCUGCUGAUCCUAGAAAUGUAAGGCUUGGUUUGUGUGUAGAUGGGUUCACUCCAUAUGGUCAAUCGGGUCGCCCGUACUCUUGUUGGCCAGUAAUUGUGACUCUAUAUAAUUUGCCUCCUGGAUUAUGUUUGAAAAGAGAGUUUAUGUUUUUAACGGUUAUUAUUCCGGGUCCUUCAAAUCCCAAAAGUAAGAUAGACGUAUUUUUACAGCCUUUAAUUGAUGAAUUGAAAUUGCUUUGGCACGAAGGAGUGUUGACUUAUGACAUAUCUACAAAGCAAAAUUUUAUGAUGAAAGCAGCUCUGUUGUGA